ACAAUAAACCUUAGAAAAAUAAUAUUGAUUUGUUCGGCAGUUGAAGAAUUUGAUUUUCUAACAAUAUUGAAAAAAGAUCCGUAAGUCCUCAUAUCCAAAAGGAAUCUAAAUAUAAAAAUAAAUUGAGUAUUGUAUUACAUUACCUGAAAAACCUUAAUCUCGCUCGAAACGAUGAUAAUCUAAAUCUUUUUAACAUUAGCGAAUGAAAACACAACCAAAUAUGCCUUGGAGCUAAUUGUCAUGUUAUGAGUAAAGCGCACAGUGAACUAAAACGCAAAUUUCGCGAAAUGUGAAUACAAUUAUGAUGUAUUUGAUGUGAGUUUUUUUGAAAAAUUGGACCUUACGUUCAACAGUAUGAGCACACCAGAUAUUGGUGAUGGAUAGAAAAUUAUGCUUGUAUUAUCAAAUGGUCGUUAAUAACGUAGUUAGUAAUGCAUGUUGGGAAGGAAUUUCUAUUCAAAAAAUGUACAUUCAUGCAAAUCAUAAAACAGUGACAAUUAAAAAUAAACUGAAAUAACAAAUUUUGCCAAGGACGAUUUUUUUAUUUAAAUAUGGUAACUGGUAUUUCAUUUUGUUACUAAAUAUUAAUCCAGAUUUUGCCUAAAUCUAAAGAUGUUUCAAUGCUUCGUCCUGCUGCUGUCGAUUGGGAUAUUGUUUAUAACACACAAGGGAGUUCACGUUGAUGCAGAUGGAUCUUGCUCUGUAGCUCAUGAAGGCGAAAUCACCACAGUAACGUUCAUGAGAAAUCCUCUAACUACCCAACAUACCAGUACCAGACAUAGACCCGGAAAACAAGGACCGAUCGGACCUAAAGGAGAUAUUGGUCCACCUGGAGAAAAGGGAGAUAGAGGACCACCUGGUCCUGCAAUAUCGUUGCAAUCUUCCCAGAUACUUCGUCGUCAUGAAGCACGAAUUUCAGAGCUCGAAGACACAAUAUCAAAUCUCAAAACAUCGCUUAUCGAGUCGCUUGGAUAUUACAAAGCUCGCAAUGAUCACUAUUACAAGUGGUUUCAUGAAUUAGUGGAUUUCAAUACAGCGAAAGAUAGGUGUCAACAAAUGGGAGAUCAACUUGCGUCCGUGGGAAUGAGAGACCCGCAGAUUAAGCGAGAAGUUUACGAUGCUCUUGGAAUAUCUACAACGUAUACUUGGGUUGGUUUGCGAGACAUUAAUCGACGUGGGACGACCUGGACCUGGGUAGAUGGGGUAACAUCGUCCAAAUAUGAGAUUGGGUGGUCAGUGAAUCAACCCGAUAACCCUGGAAUAGAAAACUGCGCUCAUUUUCAUGGAGCCAUCACUUUCAAUGACUACUCUUGUAGCAGAACGAUAAAAUAUUUGUGCGAAAAACUUUCUGUAUAACUUUAUGAUAAAAUAAUUGAAUUGAAUUGCAAAUUUUAUUAUGGUAAUCACAAAAACACAAACAUGUCUACUUACGUUGAAAUUUGGUUUGGGCGUUGAUUUCAAAAAUUGACCUUGUGCUAAAAGUCUUUAAUGAGGGCGCUUGUGUUUUUUUUUUUUUGUUCAC